AUGGUGGACUUCAGUCCGGCCACUGACAAGAACGUCGUCUUCCGUGACAGCGAAACACACUCUCCGGCGCACGAACCUGCACCUCCCGCCGCCGGCCCCAGAAAGAUCUUGAAAGCCCUAUAUGUCUCAGCGGUCAUAUUACUCCUGUUCCUUAAUUACUUCUUGGCCCAGUUCGACAAGUUUGUGCUAUCAUACUUUCAAAGCGAGGUCCUGGAAUCCUUGCAGUUGACUUCCACCCAAUAUGGCAUCCUGUCUGGCUACGCCGUGGGCAUCCUCUAUGCGGUGCUUGCCAUCCCAAUGGCGUACAUCGCAGACUACACUGAAGCCAGAGUCUGGGUGCUUUCAGUGGCCGCGUUGUGGUGGAGUCUAUGUGUCCUCUUCCAGGGAUACAGCCAUAACUUCUGGCAGAUUCUGCUAGCUAGGAUAGGCAUGGGGAUUGGGCAGUCGCCCGUGGAAGCACUCAGUAUCAGCUUGAUCAGUGAUCUGGUGCCUUUGAAUUGGAUCUUUGUCUGUGAGAGCGUCUUCUACAUCGGUGUCUAUGUUGGCGAAGCGGUCAGCGGUCAGAUCGCCACUGCCUUUGACAAAACAAAUACUCCUUGGAGUGACGCCUUGAAAGCAGUUGGCAUCGUCGGUAUGGUACUAUCAGUCGUCACCAGAGUCGUCCUCCGAGAACCUGUCCGAAAGCCAAACGCCGUCGGACAACUCUCCCGUACAAUACGGGAACCCGACCAAAAUGACCAUGUAGAACCCACCCGGCUCGAACGUGGGAACCGCAUGUUCAAACUGGCUCUCAGACAGAUCGUCUCGAUGAAAUCCUUCUGGAUCCUAGCACUGUCUUCUGGUGCCAGGCAGUUCUCGGGGAACGUGUUUGGAUGGUACAUGCCUUCUUACCUGUCCUCCAUUUAUCCGUCUCAGUCGGAGCUGCUCUCACGAUACGGCAUUAUUGUCGGCGUGGUAGGUUCUGUGGCUGUCGUCCUUGGUGGUGUUGUUUCCAGCUUGAUGUCCGAGCAUGCCACAGCUGUACUUUACCUCACGGGAAUCGGUGGUAUGGUCUCUGCGCCCUUUGUCAUAUGCAUGGUCUUCAGUCGAAGCCUGGCUGGUGGAAAUGAGGAAGCUGGUGUUCGCAUCCUGUACGGCGUCAUGAGUGCUGCAUAUUUGACAGCUGAGCUGUGGCUCGGCGCCUUCGCCUCGCUUCUGGCGCUUCUUUUCCCUGCACGGACAAAGACUUUCUGUCUCGCAAUCUACACGAGCACCAUUGUCUUCCUCUACUCCAGCGCCCCUCAAAUCAUUGGCCUGGCAUUGAGGCAUUAUGAGCCGGGUAGUCCUGCAUAUAUUGAGAAAACGAGAGACAUCCUCGCCAUUUUGAUACCAGUGGGAUAUUGGGUGGCAGGGAUCGGCUUUCUGGUCAGUAUCAAGAUGGUCAAGAGCGACAUUGCCGCUGGACGAUGCGCAGACGAGGGAAAUGGAACGUAUGGCUUCUCGAGACCCAUCAGUCUACGGAGAAAGCUUGCCUUUGGGGGCUUUUGCCUCGUCCUGGCAGCGUUGACCGUAGCUUUGCUUGUCACCAGCUUGACGGUGACGGACUAAGUGACUCGCGCCUCAAGGUACA